GCUCUUGGAGCCCAACCCAUCUUUCAUUAAAGAGUUUAGAGAGAAAGAGAGAGAGUUUCUUCUUCGCUGCUGCGGACGGUUUCUUUUCCUUUCAAGAAGAAAAAAAGCACUCUGCAGUAGCAUUCAAGUUUCUCAUUCCUAAGUUUUAAUUUUUGUUUUGUUUAAAGAAGAAAGAAAUGGCUCGCUCUUUCUCAAACGUUAAGCUUUUCUCUGCUUUUGUUGUCGAUGGAAUCUCUAACUCAAUUUUCAGACGAGGAUAUGCUGCGGGAUCACAAGGAGUUGUUUUGAGUGGAGUAAGAGGAGGAACGGCAAGGAACGCUGCGGUGGUGAAGAAAACAGGGGAAGAGAUGGCAGGAGCUAAAGAGAAGGUUUCAUGGGUUCCGGACCCAGUUACCGGAUGUUAUAGACCCGAGAACUGUGCUAACGAGAUCGACGUGGCUGAGCUCAGAGCCAUGCUUUUGAAGAAGAACUAAAAAUAUAUAUUAGAACAAUGUUAGCCUGCUAAUAGUUCAAUGGAUCGAGGAGGUUGGUUCCAAUGAUAUCUUCCGCAGAUGCAAUCGGCGGUGCGGGGAAAAUUGUUUUUCUUAUCUGGAAAGAAACUUGUUACUUGCUUUCUCCUCUGCCUUUUGUAUGCGAAAUAGAUGUAAUAUUUGUUUCUCGAUUUCUCUUACAGGAAUUAAGAGACUACCACAAAUGAAUUGGAGUACCAUUUAUAAUAAUCUAAGGACUUUUUAUUUAUAUUUUCUUCUCAGUUUUAUUGUUGUGCUAAUCCCCUGUUUAUCAUGUUCAAUUACUGGUAUUUGCUACAAACUUGAUUAGAUAUGGAGAAUUGAUUGUAACAUCCUCAAAUAUUGAAUCGAUGCUUUUGAUUUGAAUGAUUUCA